GGGAGCAAGUGCUUUCUCAAGCCCGUCUUGCAAGGUGGGUCCUUUUUUGUUUUUGGCAGAAGGGAGGGACAGUGAAAUGUGCUCUGAGUAGGGACGGUUAUGCAAAAGCAAGUAGGAGGAGGAAGCCAAGAGGGGAGUUGGUGAGUCAGUGGAGAAAAGCGCACGGCCCGGCUAGCGGUGAGCCUCUCAAAAGCAGCAGGGAAGCCCAAGCCACAAGGUCUUCCACUUCAGCACAAUGCUACUGCCUAAAAAAAUGAAGCUCCUGCUGUUUCUGGUUUUCCAGAUGGCCAUCUUGGCUCUGUUCUUCCACAUGUACAGCCACAACAUCAGCUCCCUGUCUAUGAAGGCGCAGCCCAAGGGCAUGCACGUGCUGGUUCUGUCUUCCUGGCGCUCUGGCUCUUCUUUUGUGGGGCAGCUUUUUGGGCAGCACCCAGAUGUUUUCUACCUGAUGGAGCCUGCCUGGCACGUGUGGAUGACCUUCAAGCAGAGCACUGCCUGGACGCUGCACAUGGCCGUGCGGGAUCUGAUACGCGCUGUCUUCUUGUGCGACAUGAGCGUCUUUGAUGCCUACAUGGAACCUGGUCCCCGGAGACAGUCCAGCCUCUUCCAGUGGGAUGGCAGCCGGGCCCUGUGUUCUGCACCUGCCUGUGACAUCAUCCCACGCGAUGAAAUCAUCCCCCGGGCUCACUGCAGGCUCCUGUGCAGUCAACAGCCCUUCGAGGUGGUGGAGAAGGCCUGCCGCUCCUACAGCCACGUGGUGCUCAAGGAGGUGCGCUUCUUCAACCUGCAGUCCCUCUACCCGCUGUUGAAAGACCCCUCCCUCAACCUGCAUAUCGUGCACCUGGUCCGGGACCCCCGGGCCGUGUUCCGUUCCCGAGAACACACAAAGGGAGAUCUCAUGAUUGACAGUCGCAUUGUGAUGGGGCAGCAUGAGCAAAAACUCAAGAAGGAGGACCAACCCUACUAUGUGAUGCAGGUAAUCUGCCAAAGCCAGCUGGAGAUCUACAAGACCAUCCAGUCCUUGCCCAAGGCCCUGCAGGAACGCUACCUGCUCAUGCGCUAUGAGGACCUGGCUCGAGCCCCUGUGGCCCAGACUUCCCGAAUGUAUGAAUUCGUGGGAUUGGAAUUCUUGCCCCAUCUUCAGACCUGGGUGCAUAACAUCACCCGAGGCAAGGGCAUGGGUGACCACGCCUUCCACACAAAUGCCAGGGAUGCCCUUAAUGUCUCCCAGGCUUGGCGCUGGUCUUUGCCCUAUGAAAAGGUUUCUCGACUUCAGAAAGCCUGUGGCGAUGCCAUGAAUUUGCUGGGCUACCGCCAAGUCAGAUCUGAACAAGAACAGAGAAACCUGUUGCUGGAUCUUCUGUCUACCUGGACUGUCCCUAAGCAAAGCCACUAAGAGAGUUGAGAAGGCUUUGCCGCCACCUGGUGUCAGCCUCAGUCACUUUUCUCUGAAUGCUUCUGAGCCUUGCCUACAUCUCUGAGCCUUAACUACAUGUCUGUGGGUAUCACACUGAGUGUGAGUUGUAUCCACACGUGCUCAAGCAGAAGGACUUUUGUGUCCAUGCUUGUGUCUAGAAAACAGACUCGGGAACCUUAUGUGAGCAGCACAUCCCACCAGUGAAACAGGGUAUUGCUCUUCUUUUCUUGAUCUUCCUGUCUGGCAGACUUCAGAGACUUUGUGGCCUGGAGGCCUAUUAAGCACGACACAGUAUCAGUGGAAUUGAUCCAUAAACCUCCCUGUCCACAUCUUGCCCAAUGGGGAAUGGAUCUUUCACCAAAGAGCUCACCAGCAUUUUCCACAGAGAUGCAAAUUCUGAGCGCUCGGAGUUCCCAGUGGAUUCAAGGAAGGAAGUGGGAACAAGGUUGGAUGCCUACUUGUGAGCUUGACCAUCACAGCUAUUGGUAAUCAGAAAUAUGAAACAAAAUCUCUGCACAAAAGAGCAAGCUCUUAAGUUCACAGGAUGCCUGGGCUGCAUUUGAAUAUCACUUCCCCUCUGCAUUUUCCUAUCACAUAGAAGAUUUUGACCUGUGAAGCUGCCAUCUGUUAAUACUAAAAUUCCAAAAUAAGAUUCUGUUUAGAAUGUCCCUUUUUAUGCUUCUUAAUUAUUAGCAGUAAAUGUUCAUUCUUAUGCGAUCCUAAGCUAAGAAUAGAUGUAAUCAUCUUUAUUGGUUUUUUAAAACACCUUUGCUAUUAUCUAUCACCGAUUUAUACAGAAAAUUGCUAAGAUAAUGUUUGGUUUCAGAUGAUGAACUAAGUCUAUACCCUCUUAAGAAUUGGUGGAAAAUAGACAAUCAGCAGCUAAGCCCUUUCUUUGUUGUGUGAGGUAUAAGUUGUGAUAAUGCCAUAUGUGUCCCCCUAGGGUCUGGGCAGAGAGUUCUUUUACUCUGAUCCCUCAGCCAGAGGACCUCAGUUCUAGUAUGACUGGUGCUAUUUAGCUCCUCCUGGCCACUUCUCCUAAUAAGAAAAGUUGUUACUCCCAAUCUUGGCAGGAGCCCUCAGAUGUAGUUUUACAAUAGAAUUUCACCUGUUAAAAAAUGCGGAUUGCCAGGCACUACCUCAAAUCUGCUAGAAUCAGAAUCCACCAGUAUGGGGGCUGGAGUUCUGGUGACUCUUCCAUGGCUAGCCUGGCACUAGCGCACCUUGCGCCAGGCAGCAACACUGUUUGCCUUCUUGCUCCAAGAAAGGUGACUCUUCCACAAAUGCAGAGUAUGCAUGCCACUUCCUCUUGCCACUGGUGCUGUCUUUGGGUUGGAAAGAAUAGAAAGAAGCUCCCUAUAUGUCUGGAAUUCCGUGGACUUCUGAGUCCUGACUUUUUAAAUAUUUCACUUUGUCCAAGUCUGA